CUAAAAAAUGGUCCCAUUUCUGCAGCAAACCUUACUUCAUUCUAAAACUGGUAAGACAAUUAACAAGAUGGCAACCUUAACUUGAUUCUCCCCACUUCCAUAAUAGAUUAUAUUUAUAUAGUAAUACGGUAAUGCCCUUCUGUUUGGAAUUGCAUUUUUUUCUCACUUUCUUGGCAAAGUUUCUAUUGCUACCCCAUUUUUUAUUUUAUCUUUUACCUUUGCCUCCAAUGGCAAACCCUGUUAAAAAGUUCAUAUCUUCAGUUUCAUGGCUAUCUUACCAAUUUAUAGAGGAACACUAAAGGUUUCAAGAUCUUAACUUCUUUUUUUUAUUGAAUCUAAAGAUGGGUUUUCAGAUUUGGCGAAUGGGGUUUUGUUUUUGGGUGUGUUUUAGUUUUUUAAGCUACAGCUUAAGUUUUGUAAGUUCGCAAGCUGCUGCUGUUGCUGAAAGGGAUGCUACUGUCGAAGGAACUGUUUUUAUUGAUGGGAAAGCUCCCAUUGGUACUAUAGAUGAUGAUUUUAUUUGUGCUACUUUGGACUGGUGGCCUCCUGAGAAAUGUGAUUAUGGGACAUGCAGUUGGGGUCUUGCUGGACUGCUUAAUCUGGAUCUUAGUAAUAAUAUAUUCUUGAAUGCCGUAAAAGCUUUUUCACCGUUGAAGAUUAGAUUGGGCGGCACAUUGCAAGACAAGGUCAUAUAUGAUACUGAUGACAAUCAGGAACCCUGUACUUCAUCAUUUGUUAAAAACACUUCUGAGAUGUUUGGUUUUACUAAAGGAUGUUUAUCCAUGAAUAGAUGGGAUGAGCUUAAUACCUUCUUCGCAAAAGCAGGGGCGAAGGUUAUUUUUGGAUUAAACGCUCUUUCGGGACGAUCUAUAAAGCCUGGUGGUUCAGCUGUAGGAGCUUGGAACUACACUAAUGCUGAAUCUUUUAUACGUUACACUGUUGAAAAGAACUAUACCAUCCAUGGUUGGGAGCUAGGAAAUGAAUUGUGUGGGAGUGGGGUUGGAACUAAGGUCACAGCGAAUCAGUACGCAGCAGACACAGCAGCUCUAAAAAUUAUAGUGCAGAACAUAUACAGGGAUGUUGAUUUGAAGCCGUUAGUUAUAGCUCCUGGUGGGUUCUAUGACUCAAAUUGGUUCAAAGAAUUCAUUGCUAAAACAACCAAAUCCUUGGAUGUGGUCACUCACCACAUAUACAAUCUUGGACCAGGAGUUGAUGACCACCUUGUUGAUAAGAUUCUUAAUCCAUCUGUUCUUGAUGGUGAAUCUGCAACAUUCAGUGGCCUUCAUAACAUCAUCAAGAGUUCUACAACUUCAGCAACUGCCUGGGUGGGUGAGGCAGGAGGAGCUUACAACAGCGGUCGUAAUCUUGUUACAAAUUCAUUUGUGUUCAGUUUCUGGUAUUUAGAUCAACUUGGCAUGGCAUCAAAGUAUGAUACAAAAACUUACUGCAGACAAUCACUGAUUGGCGGAAAUUAUGGUUUACUAAAUACUACCACCUUUGUACCAAAUCCAGACUACUACAGCGCUCUUCUUUGGCACAAAUUAAUGGGAAGAAAUGUUCUGUCUACAAGCUUUGCUGGUACUAAAAAGAUACGCUCUUACACUCACUGCGCAAAACAAUCGAAUGGCAUCACGCUGCUAUUGAUCAACCUUGACAAUAGCACUACUGUCCAGGCAAAACUAGCAUUCAACAGUACAAUGACCUUGCAACACAAGCUCAAGCACAGGUCUCGGGCUUUGCACCAUAAGCAGAGGUCUCAUAAAACAAUGAUAAUCCAGCUGCCUCCAGGCAGUGAUGCUGAAAUCAUAAGAGAGGAAUACCAUCUAACAGCAAAAGAUGGAAAUUUACACAGCCAAACGAUGCUACUUAACGGAAACAUUUUAAGUGUAAAUUCGUCAGGGAUCAUACCUCCUUUGGAGCCGUUACCUGUAAAUUCACCAAAACCAAUAAUGGUUGCUCCUUUAUCUAUUGUGUUCAUUCACAUGCCAGAUAUUAUUAUCCCUGCUUGCGAGAUAUAAUGCUAGAGGGAACUAAAAUUGG